CAGAGAAUGUUUGACCCGAUGCUCCGAUUUCUACUUCGGUGGAAAUAUGGCUUAAAAUACUUUUAAAAAGGUAGAAAAAUUACCGGAAAUCGCUGGGAACUCUCUACACGAAAAUAAAGUCUUCGACGUUAUUAUUCCCGCUGCGAGAGGGCAGUGGGGCUGGACCAUUAUAUGGAAUGUGGAAGUUAAAUUAUAUUGGGAUUGUCGUUUACCUAACUACCAUAACACUACAAAAUGUCCAGGGAACAAACUAUCAUCAGUCUGGUGUUCACCGACACAUGACAAAAAGAGAUUUAUCUCAAAUAUUUGGAGUUGAAACGCAUAGUAAUGUCCCAGAAUACGACAUCGUUCAUCCUGCGCAAGUCAGCGCCGAAGGAGCAUUUCUUACGCACGAUCUUUCAAGACAAAGCUUACGAGAGCGCAGAGACGCUACCUCGCCGUAUACCGACGACAUUUAUUAUAAAUUAAAUGCCUUUGGUGACGAUCUUCACCUGAAGCUCCAACGAAACCGGCGAUUAUUAGCGCCUGAUUUUCAUGUUGAAGUCUUAGGCCAAGGAGGGCGUAUUAUUAAGCGCCAUACAUUGGAGAACUGUCAUUGGAUUGGUAAAGUUGGGUCCAAAUUACGGUCAACUGUGGCCGUUAGUAACUGUCGUGGACUACGUGGUAUGGUUCAUGCAGACGAAAAUGCUUACGUCAUAGAGCCUCUCCCAGACCACUUACAUAGCAAAGCAAAGCUUACAAGUAAAGGUCGUCCUCAUAUAGUAUACCGUAGAGCUUCUCCCAUGUGGGACUUACGGUACAGACGGUCAGCCAUGAAGGAGAAGACAGAAACACAUACUUGUGGGACGGAAGAUGAUCCAAAGAUUCGACUGUCCAGAUCCCUCAACAACGAAACGUCCAUAAGCGACCGGGACGGCCCAGCAGGACCUGGGGGAGAGAAGUAUAUAGAAUCGUUGGUUGUUGUCGAUCCUAAGAUGGCCAACUUUCACGGAGAAGACGCAGCAAAACAAUACGCACUUACUGCUUGUAACAUUGCAGCCAACAUGUUGAGAGACAACAGUCUUGGGGAGAACCCGGUGAACCUUGUGGUCAGCAGAAUGCAGAUAUUAACAACACCACAACCUGGCCUGAUUAUCAACCACCAUGCGGGGAAUACACUGGAAAGUUUUGGCAAGUGGGCUGAACGAAACAACAAUCCUCUGGAUAACGACGAGAACCACUACGACUAUGCUGCUCUAUUAACAAGGUACAAUAUCUGUAAAGACAAGAAUCAGCCGUGCGAUACAUUAGGCUUGACUAGAACACGAGGAAUGUGUAACUUCCCUAACUCAGCCAGUGUUAACCAAGACAAUGGUUUAAUGUUAGGAAUGACCAUUGCACAUGAGACAGGACACAGCCUUGGCAUCAACCACGAUGGAUCCAAAUGUGAUGACGGCUCCAAUGUGAUGUCCAGUUUUGCACCGGGUAAAGUAUCUGCCUUCCAGUGGUCAGACUGCAGCAAGAACUACCUCCAGCAAUUUCUUUCAUCUGACGACUCCAAAUGUCUGGAUGAUCCACCCACAAAGCGUGAAGUCAUCAGCACGCAAGCUUUUGAUAUACCCGGCAGACUGUAUGACGCUGACCAGCAGUGCCAGCUGGCUUAUGGGCAAGAUUCUAAAUAUUGCCAUGGAGACAAGUUCCUUGACCAAAUCUGUGUGAAGCUGUGGUGUGAGGUGCCGUUUGGUAGUGGACAAUGUAAAACAGCACAAGUACCUGCUGCGGAUGGUACUUCUUGUGGGGGAGGCAAGUGGUGUAGACGUGGCCAGUGUGUUUCUGUCGGUCAAGAAGCUCCAGGAGCAAAAGAUGGCGGCUGGUCAAAAUGGUCGGAUAAAUACUCCAAAUGCAGUCGAACAUGUGGCGGAGGGGUGCAAUAUAAAGAAAGAAGAUGCAACAAUCCACAGCCACAAAAUGGAGGCAAGAGGUGUUCAGGUCCUGAUAGAGAAUACAGACUCUGCAACAGUGAUGCAUGUCCCAGCAGUGAUUUGGUGUUCCGAAACUAUCAAUGUCAACAAAUGGAUGAACAAAUGUUCAACGAUCAAUACUACAACUGGGAAUGGAAGCCUUCGACACUGAAGAACAAGUGUGUGUUGGGAUGUUUCAUUAAAGGCACUGGAUUAGGGUUUGCGUUUGGUAAUGUCAUCGAUGGAACUAACUGUGAUAUCUCGUCACCUAACAAGUGCAUCCAAGGUGCUUGCAAGACUGUUGGAUGCGAUAACGUUAUCGACUCCAGAGCAGUAGUCGACAGAUGUGGAGUAUGUGAUGGCGACGGCAGCUCCUGCAGCCCGGAACAAACAAAAGACAAGACCAAUUCUACCACAGGAUCCAAGAAAGAUGUCUUGCCAAAGGCAGGAGAUCUACUGGGCACCGCCGUCACUUGGUUCAAGAAUCUAGGCUUCGAUGUUGACAGGAGGGGCCAUAUUGCAACUCCUGAUGGAAGUCCUGAUGUGGAUGACAAGUUCUAUUGGGGUGUUGUGAAGUCGGGAUGCAGUGUCGCUUGUGGAGGAGGAAAAGAAGUGUCGUAUGCAGAAUGCCGUCGCACAGAUGAUGGCUCACCUGUAAAUGAGGCUAGAUGUGACAUAAGUAAGAAGCCACCUAGACAAGAGACGCACUGUAAUAGACAGCCAUGCCCUCCAUCGUGGAAAGCAGAAGGAUGGGAAGAUUGUACCAAGACCUGUAAUGGCGGUAAUCGUACCCGUGAGGUCAAGUGUAUGCAAGUGGCAGCCGAUGGAGUCGAGUAUGAUGUUGAUCCUAGACUUUGUACCGACUCUAAACCAGAGACAAUUGAAGCUUGUAAUACUAUGGCUUGCCAGCCUGAAUGGAUUGCACAGCCAUUUGGACCGUGCUCUACUAAAUGUGGGCGUGGACUACAGUCACGUAUAGUCACUUGUAUGAAACCAGAUGCAAAUGACUUCUUACACGAAGUCAAUGACGCCCUGUGUGAUGGUCUGACGAAGCCUCCAGUAAAAGAAUACUGUAACAUCCACAAUCCGUGCCCUGGAGAAGGAGGCUGUGGUGGCAAUCUGACGACAGAUGCAGGCCAGUUUUCCUCGCCAAAUUUCCCCUCUGACUAUCCUAACGACAAGGAGUGCAUCCACUCUAUCAAGGUGUCACCUGGAAAAGUCGUCAAGCUCAACUUCCACACAAUGCAAAUAGCUUCUCCCGAUUCCACAUCAACAAUUCGCAAAUGCAGUGGUGACUUCGUUAAGGUGAUGGAUGGAGACUGCAGUAACUAUAGAUCAGAGACUCUGUACUGUGGUAAAGAAGAGCCUGCACCCUACAUAUCCACGGGCAACGAACUUUGCGUCAAAUUCUACUCUGACGAUUCUCAGACUAGUCAAGGUUUCAAAGCUUCAUAUGUGGCUAUCGACAGACCAGCUAAUCCUGGAGAUCAAUGCGGUGCAACUCUUAUGUCACCCAUUGGAUUGAUUACGUCACCAAACUAUCCAAAGUCGUAUCCUGGCAACGAAAUAUGUAACACGACAAUCAGGGUUGCUAAAGCUCCUCUGAAACUGGCCUUCCAGGCGUUUGACGUUGGGACCGAUGAUUGCGAACAAGAUUAUGUCAUGCUUGAAGUACAAGGCACUGAUGGUUACCGWAAGCUUUGUGGUAAUCAACUCCCAGAGACGUUCAAUACAGCAUCCAAUGAAAUGAAGAUCAGCUUUAAGUCUGGACCCAAAGUCGGUCGGCCUAAAGCUGGCUUUGUUGCUACUUACACAUCAGGGACUACACCAGAUGAGCUCCGCAAAGCGUCUGAAAAGUCUGACAUCAGAGAAUUCACAUCGAAACUUGAUGAAGGACUUAUGCACGUACCAGUGGCAAAAAAUAUCAUUCCCAAGCCUGGUGCCGACAUCGUCAAACUACCGCACGACAUCGAUGUUAACUUCAAACCAAUAUCGAAAGUAGAUAGUGUGGAUGCUUCAAAAGCAGAAGCAGACAGUAAUUCAGAGAGUCAGACCAAGGAUGACGAUGAGUCUGUUCAAGAUGCACUUUUAGGGAAGAAUAACAGCAAGUUAAAAAAUGCUCUGAAUUUGCUUGAUAAGUCACCUGCAGAGGAUCAUGGGAGUGGAAGUGGAGCYGGAAGUGGAAGUGGAGAACCUCCCCUAGCAAAGAUAGAAAUACAAAAGGACGAUGGGUCAGGAAGUGGACAAGCUCAGGCAGAAACUAAAUCAAACAUACCAGAAUCUGAAUCAACACAUAAAAACAAGACCUCCAAAGAAGAGCCACAGUCCUCUGGUGACGAUGACAAUGACGACGGCUCGACAAGUGACGACGGCUCAACAAGUGACGACAAACCAAAAUAUACUUUUGACAAAGUAAAAGCUCUACAACAGACCAUUCAAAAUAUGAAGAAAGAAGGUCUUUUAGAAGAGUUAACAGGAUCCAUCAUCAACAGAGGAACGUGUCCAGAGACGAAGGGUCUAUCGUGUCUCAACUUAUUGUACUCAUUCACCUGUAAUAAUGACGAUGAUUGUUUCGAGAACGGUAUGGCAUGCUGUACUACCAACUGUUCGUACGGCAAGAGAAUGUGCAUUCCUAGAGUUUCAGCCGUCUGUCCAUUACGAUCACCAUACUACACAGGCUUCAAGGCAUGUAAAGAUUCCAAUGACUGUGGUAAAGGAGCAGUGUGCUGUCUGGACAUGGCUGGUCGACGAUAUUGCAACCAAGUUGGUACCAUUGAAUAAGAGAAUCAAUGAACUAAAAUCAAAGAUUUUGCGAUAUGUUCCAAACUGAUUAGGAACUGUGGCAUUUUGGUGUAAAUAUUAAAGAUUUCUCAGCUCUAUAUAAAUUUCAAAAAUAAUUUCUGGGCCUGUUAAAAAAUUAACAGAACAAUCAUAGAGGAUAAGCAAGAUUAAUAGUCCAUUUCACAGUUCCCUGCGCCAUCUUGCAAUUGAAAGGUAGCCGUAGUGUCUUUGUAUCAAAGCGAGACGAACGGUGAGCUAGCAAUGAAGAGACAUGUGAAUUAUUGUCCAAGAUGUUAAAAAAGGUCUCUUUCAUUGCAAGCUCGUAGUUCGUCUCGCUUUGAUGCAAGGGUACGGCUACCUUUCAAGAUGGCGCAGGGAACUGUGAAGGGGACUAUAGAGGCUUUGCACCAUCAAGUGAUGGCAGCGAAUGACAGGAGGCAGGAACAUUUGAUUGUGGUCUAGUCUGAUUUACAUAAGAAAGAAUUCAUGGUAAAAAUGAUCGAUCUAUUGUUUUGCCUCCUGUCAUGGCUGCCAUCACGUGAUGGUGCAAAGCCUCUCUACGGCCUUUGCACUAUCACGUGAUAGCAGCCAUGGCAGCAGGCACAACAAUAGAGUCUUUUUCCUCUGGGAAAUUAAAUUCUUUCUCAUGUAAUCAGAUUCGACCAGAUUCCAUUGUUCCUGCCUCCUGUCAAUUAAGCCCCUGUUCUAAUUUUCUAUUGCGUCUAAGCCUGUGAGUCGAUAAGGUUGCACAUGCGUAUUACUGUGCCCUAGUGCACUAAAAGAGAGUUGUUACAAGACUAAUGUCUACUUGAAGCUUCUCGUAAUAAUUUUGACAAGAAAGAAAUUCCCCCAAAAAGGGUUUUUCUUUGACAAAAAUUUAACAAUAAUAUUUCUACACGAGCAAAAAUUAUUGAGUAUCAAAAUAUUAAUUACUUGAACAGUUUACCAGAUUACGUAAUAUCUAAUACUGACUCUCUUGUGGAUAGUCUAAAAAAGGUUUUAACUUAAUUUAAAGUAAUAAAAAAGCAAAUCUUUUGCAGCGCAUGAACUGCAUGCAUACUUCAUGAUUAUGAUUAUUUUUAUUUUUGAGUUAAACCGAUUAUAUAUAGGCUAACGCACAAGUAAAUAAUUUCCUAUGUCUCUAGGACUCCAUGCCCGUAAUGCCGAUAUCAUAUAUUGGAUUACUGGAUAAAAGUCUUCGCCGAUAAUAAUGAAUAAUGAAUAAAUAAUCUCUUAGGAUAUUAUGACCUGUCUAGCUAGGAAACGGUCAAAAAUGAGUAUUUUGUUAAUAAUAAAAUGCAAAUUUGACUGCA